AUGGAGAACUAUUCAAAUUCAACGAAUCAAAGUCCUCCCGCAUAUUCAACUUAUCCAACAGCUUAUCCAACAGCUUAUCCAACAGCAAAUCCCGUUCAAAUCCAAUAUGUUGAAGCUCCUCCAAUGCACACCGUUUACACAAGUCCACGAGUUGUUGUCGUCGAUGAUUGUGAGCAUCAUUACAAUCAGUAUCGAAUGCGACGAGUAGCGAUCGGAGUUUUCUUCAUUUUCUUCAUCGCUGGUUUCAUUAUCACAGCUAUAAUGGUAUUCAGAAACAAAGAU